AUGGGCUGGACAUACAAUACCUCAGACAACGUUCCCAACGAUGGGCCACAGAUCACAACAGUGGCCAUUGUGUUCACAGCGACGUCACUUGCGAUGUUACUGCUGCGGUUCUACGUUCGUGGGUAUAUGAUCAAAGCUGUUGGCGCUGAUGAUUACGUCCUCAUCAUCACUUGGCUAGCGGCAUGCGGAUUCGCUGUGGUGUCCAUUGUUCAAACCAAAUGGGGUCUCGGAUUGAAGCACCUGGAUGAUAUGCCAGUCGAGAACAUCUACAACUUCGGACUGGUACAAUACAUAGGGGCGCCAUUCUACAUCACAAGCAUCCUCGGGUUCAAAAUGAGUCUUCUGAUGUCUUAUCUUCGUUUUAUGACACAAGGUGCCGCGCGCACAGCAACGAUCACAGUCAUCAUCGGAUGCGUUCUUUUCCACCUCUCGUUCCUCCUGGUGCAGAUCAAUCUCUGCCAGCCGGCUGCGAAGCAAUGGGAUCCUAAGAUCACCUGGGGCCAAUGCUUGCCGGCUGUACCAUUCUAUACAAGCAUGGCCUCGCUCACGAUCCUUUUCGACAUCACUGUAAUGCUCCUGCCCUUCCCAGUCCUACUUCGGAGUCACAUUCAAAUGCGAAAGAAGCUUGCCCUCUUGGGUCUUCUUGCCCUCGGCAUAUUUAUUACAGUCAUCCAAGUCAUACGCAUCCAGACCGUGAAGAAUCUUGCGAACUAUCUCGACUCUGCAAGUUUGAUCCUGUGGUCAUCUGUCGAGAACAACUUGGGGAUCAUCGUGGCUUCGAUACCGACGCUUGCACCACUGUUCAAAUACUACGCCGAGAAGACACAGAAGAGCUCUACUGGCUACAGUCGUUCGCGAUCCUUGUACGCCUUGAAGCCCAGUCGCGGCACACGAGACGGAUCGGUCCCACUCGGGAGUGGUGUCGAUCGAACAACACACAUAUACGGUCCAUCUGAGCAAGUAGGCAGCGAGGAGUUCAUUCUCGGUGGUGUUGCUAAGAUAAAGAGAACAACGGAAGUCAGAGUUUCGGCCCAUGAGAGAGACGAACCACACUUGGACAAGGCUUCAGACAAAGAAUAA